AUGCCAAGCGCCGUUAAACCUCAGAAGAAGAAGAAGUUAAACCUCAGAAGAAGAAGACUUCCAGAGGGCCGAGAGGAGAGUGGAUCCAGCGUCCAAGGUCUGUUUGAGGGUGAAUGGGGUGACAGCAGAAGAGAGGGUAAUGGACUAGUACAGGGUGACAGGCUGCCAGGGAGCCGAGAGGAGGACGGGUGAAGAGUGGUGCUAUUAGAGCUUUAGCUGCUAGCGGAACGCUGUUAGUGUGGGAUGUUACGCUGGACGACCCACCUGGAAGGAGGGCCGCGGAGGGUGAACCAUGCUGCUGUCUCCGUGGGACACAAGGUGUUCUCCUUCGGAGGGUACUGCUCUGGAGAGGACUACGAGACGCUGAGACAGAUAGAUGUACACAUCUUUAACACAGUUUCUCUGCGGUGGAUGAAGUUGCCUCCAGUGAGAACAGGUGGUAGGGAACAUGCCAGGGAUGUCCCCUACAUGCGUUACGGUCACACAGCCGUGCUGCUGGACGAUACCAUCUACAUCUGGGGGGGUCGUAACGACACGGAGGGGGCCUGCAACGUCCUCUAUGCCUUUGACAUCAACAACCACCGGUGGUUCAUCCCUAAGAUUUCUGGGACAGUUCCGGGGGCGAGGGAUGGCCACUCUGCCUGCAUCCUGGGGAAGGCCAUGUACAUCUUUGGAGGAUACGAGCAGCUGGCUGACUGCUUCUCCAAUGACAUCCACAAGCUGGACACCACAACCAUGGCUUGGUCACUAAUCAAUGCAAGGGGUACUCCAGCUCGUUGGAGGGACUUCCACUCUGCCACCAUCGUUGGCACUAAGAUGUUUGUGUUUGGAGGCAGAGCAGAUCGCUUCGGUCCGUUCCACUCUAAUAAUGAGAUCUACUGCAACAAGAUAAAGGUGUUUGAUACAGAGACCAACAGCUGGCUGAACACUGCUACUGCUCAGCUCCCACCAGAGGGACGACGUAGCCACUCAGCCUUUUCCUGUAACGGGGAGCUGUAUAUAUUCGGGGGCUACAACGCUCGUCUGGACCGACACUUCAACGACCUUUGGAAGUUCAACCCAGAGACGUUUUCGUGGAAGAAGGUAGAGCCGCAGGGUAAAGGUCCGUGCCCCAGGAGGAGACAGUGCUGUUGCAUGGUGGGAGAUCGGAUCAUCCUGUUUGGAGGAACCAGCCCAUGUCCAGAACAGGGGAUGGGAGAUGAGUUUAACCUCAUGGAUCAUUCUGACCUCUACAUACUAGACUUCAGUCCUAAUCUGAAGACAUUAUGCAAGCUAGCUGUUAUUAACUACAGUCUUGACCAGGGUGGUCUACCACACGACAUCAGGUGGGAGCUGAAUGCCAUGACCACCAACAGUAACAUCAGCAGACCUAUCUUCUCCUCUCAUGGCUAAACUGACCCAGAACACCAGGGCUGAACUGACCUCAAAACUACCACAAUACCAGAACACCAGGGCUGAACUGACCCAGAGCUACCACAGUACCAGAACACCAGGGCUGAACUGACCCAGAGCUAGCUGGCUGUCAUAGUACCAGAAGAUGAUCCACCAUCUGAGCUGGCCUUUGACGCUACUAGAACCUGGGAGAGAACCCUACGGUCUGGCCUUAACCAACUGCACUUAGCUCAAGCAGUAUCAGGGCUGACUCCACCAGAACCUUAACGCUCUGAAGUCCUGUCAGUAAAACCAUGUUUCUCUUAGUUAUAGAUCAGAACCUGUCUGGUUGUCCUAGGUCUGGUUCUCUACCUGCCAGGGCUGUUUGAAUCUACUGGACCUGAAGACCUGGAGGCUGUCUGCCUGUCUGUUUUUACAGUAACAUUUUGAUCUGGUCUGGAUUGAAGUUUUCUUCUUCCUUGGUUUGUCUAUCUAUCGCUCUCUCUCUAUCAUUUUCUCUCUCUCUCGCUUCUCUUGUUGUCCUCCCUGGACACUAUCAGGAGGGGAUGAAUGGUGCAUUAGUAUCUGGGUUUGUGUUGCUCUCUUUCUCAAUGUGAAUCACCUUGAUCGUUUUACCAGUAUUACGACAAGCAGAACAUAUUCUUCACUCAACACUGAUUUCUCUUUCUUGAAAGAGUUGCAGAAGUGAAUGCUGACAUUUUGACAUUUAGUUUUCUCUGCUCCGUACUCUCUCCUGACUGAUCAAAUGUCUGUGGAGGGGCACCCCUCCACCAUUGGUUUUGUUUAACAGCUCAUCAGGGAAGGGACAGAAGUUCUGAACUCAAAAUGUCCUGAGUGGAUAACUAACCUCUCUUCUCUCUGUGGAGGUGAAAUACGUGUCAUCCCACUGUACCAGCUGAGAGAAUGCCUCUAGAAUGCAUCCGUCACAGCCAACCACCGUAGAACCCCAUACGGCUGUGCUGCUCUCUGCUUACAGCUGACUCUAGAAGUUAGAAUAAGCUUAACAAAGUUAAAAGUUCCAUUCAUCUCCUGGUUAGUCUUUAACUGUCACUCAUGCAACAUGUGAAGAUUUUGGACCCACCACAUGGAGCCUGCCUGUUGAACAAACCUAGAAUACAACAUUGGGUGUAGAGGACAGUACUAUAGUACUAUUCUAUAUUACGACUAGGGUAGUACAGCACUAUACUGCUACUAGGGUACUAUACUACUGGGUACUAUAGUAAUAUACUACUGCUAUACUACUAGGGUACUGUAGUAUUAGGCUACUAUAGUACUUUACUACUACUACUACACUGCUAGGGUACUAUAGUACUAUACUACUACUAUACUACUAGGGUGCUAUAGUACUAUACUACUACUACACUGCUAGGGUACUAUAGUACUAUACUACUACUAUACUACUAGGGUGCUAUAGUACUAUACUACUAGGGUACUAUAAUACUACUGUGGUAUACUGUUACACUACUGGGGUACUAUAGUAUUAUACUACUGGAGUACCCUAGUAGUACUGUAGUAGUGUAGUACUACAGUAUCCUAGUAGUAGUAUAGAAUGAUAGUACCCUAGUAGUACAGGGUACCGUAGUAAUAUACUACUACUGUACUACUAGGGUACUGUACUGCUAGUAUACUAUACUACUUCAAUACUAGGGUACUAUCGUACUAUACUAGAAACACCUGUCCUACACCUUCCUGACAUUAGCCAUAUAUUUUAGCCCAGGCAGAAGAACAUUUAAUUAACCCCUGGGUGCUUCCCUGCUGAUCAACAUACAUACCUUCAGCCCCUGCUGAUUAACAUGCAUACCUUCAGCCCCUACUGUUCAACAUGCAUACCUUCAGCCCCUGCUGAUUAACAUGCAUACCUUCAGCCCCUGCUGAAUAACAUGCAUACCUUCAGCCCCUGCUGAAUAACAUGCAUACCUUCAGCCCCUACUGAUUAACAUGCAUACCUUCAGCCCCUGCUGAUCAACAUGCAUACCUUCAGCCCCUGCUGAUCAACAUGCAUACCUUCAGCCCCUACUGAUCAACAUGCAUACCUUCAGCCCCUACUGAUCAACAUGCAUACAUUCAGCCCCUGCUGAUCAACAUGCAUACCUUCAGCCCCUACUGAUCAACAUACAUACCUUCAGCCCCUGCUGAUCAACAUGCAUACCUUCAGCCCCUACUGAUCAACAUGCAUACCUUCAGCCCCUACUGAUCAACAUGCAUACCUUCAGCCCCUGCUGAUCAACAUGCAUACCUUCAGCCCCUGCUGAUCAACAUGCAUACCUUCAGCCCCUACUGAUCAACAUGCAUACCUUCAGCCCCUACUGAUCAACAUGCAUACCUUCAGCCCCUGCUGAUCAACAUGCAUACCUUCAGCCCCUGCUGAUCAACAUGCAUACCUUCAGCCCCUACUGAUCAACAUGCAUACCUUCAGCCCCUACUGAUCAACAUGCAUACCUUCAGCCCCUGCUGAUUAACAUGCAUACCUUCAGCCCCUACUGAUCAACAUGCAUACCUUCAGCCCCUACUGAUCAACAUGCAUACAUUCAGCCCUACUGAUCAACAUACAUACCUUCAGCCCCUGCUGAUUAACAUGCAUACCUUCAGCCCUGCUGAUCAACAUGCAUACCUUCAGCCCCUGCUGAUCAACAUGCAUACCUCCAGCCCCUACUGAUCAACAUGCAUACCUUCAGCCCUACUGAUCAACAUGCAUACCUUCAGCCCCUACUGAUCAACAUGCAUACCUUCAGCCCUACUGAUCAACAUGCAUACCUUCAGCCCCUACUGAUCAACAUGCAUACCUUCGGCCCCUUCUGAUCAACAUACAUACCUUCAGCCCCUGCUGAUCAACAUGCAUACCUUCAGCCCCUACUGAUCAACAUGCAUACCUAAAGCCCCUACUGAUCAACAUGCAUACCUUCAGCCCCUGCUGAUCAACAUGCAUACCUUCAGCCCCUACUGAUCAACAUGCAUACCUUCAGCCCUACUGAUCAACAUGCAUACCUUCAGCCCCUACUGAUCAA